AUGGCAAAGCAAAGGCUAACAGCUCUCGACAUACGCGCCAUAGUAAGUUUAUGCAAAAAUAUCAUUGUCGGAUGUGUUGUAACGAAUAUUUAUAAUAUUUCAAAUAAAAUUUACAUUUUGAAAUGUUCGAAAAAAGAGCAAAAGUAUUUUUUCUUGAUAGAAGCAGAAAAGAGAAUACAUAUAACAGAAUGGAAAAGAGAGAAAGAUGUGAUGCCAUCUGCAUUUACUAUGAAGUUAAGGAAACAUUUAAGAUCUCGCAAAAUUACUAACAUAAGCCAACUUGGAGGAGACAGAGUUAUUGAUAUCCAAUUUGGAUUUGAUGAGAAAGCUUGUCAUUUAAUUGUUGAAUUAUAUAUUACAGGAAAUAUUAUACUUACAGACAAUAAUCACAAAAUAUUAUCCAUUUUAAAAAGUAAUGAUAUCAUUGGAAAAAAAUAUAGUGCAAAUGAUAUAUAUAAUCUAGAAGAACAUGAGUCUAUAUUGUUACACCAAAAUUUAAAAGUAGUUGAUAUGGAAAAUGUAAGAAAAAGCAUUAACGAAAUAUUCAUGUUUCAUAACAAUGCACCUAUAGAAGAUGUAGUAGAUCUAACUAAGAACAUACGAAUAAAUCAGGGAAAUGAAAUCACAUCGAAUAAACUAGAAAGUAAUCUCAUGAAAAAUACGAAUACGCAUUUAGUAGAAAAUAAAAUUAUUUCUUCUAAUCUCUCAAAGGGUAAAGAUGAUAAUAUUGUAAUCGAAAAGGCCACCAGCAUCAAAAAGGGGAAUGAUAAGAAUAUUAAUAAUGAAGAUAAUGAAAAGAAAAUGGGAAAUGUGAAAAAUAUGAACACAGAUAAACCUCCUUUUGGUAAUAAAGACAAGUCUAAGGAUAAAUCAAAAAAUAAAGAGAAUGAGAUUAUCAAAUUAAAAAGUAGUAAAAGUGCAGAAGUAAAGAUCCUUCCAAUAUUGAAGAAUAAUUCGAAUAAAAAAAAUGAUCCUGCUAUUUGUAGUGAUAAUGAGAAAGGCAAAAAGGUGAAAAAGAUUAAAACUCUGACAGAUUUAGCUAGUAAAUUAAUUAUUUUUGCACAUGGUGAUUUAAUUAUUCAUUCGUUAAUCACAUGUAAUGUGAAUCCAUCUGAUUUGUUAGAAAAAUAUACCUUAAAUGAAUUAACAGAAAUUUUAUUUAAAGCUAUAAAUGAAGCCUUGUGUGUACUAAACAGCUUUAGUAGUGGUGAAGUGUGCUGUAUUAAGGGUUACGGUUUUGCUACGAAAUGUGGUGAAAAGAAUGCAAAUAAUAUGGGGGGAAAAAAUAAGAAUGAAAUGAGUGAACAAAAGAUUCAUGUUAAAUCUUCUGACGUCAAUAAAUCUACUAAGGAGGCAGAAAAAAAUGAAGAUAUUUUAUUUUCCGAGUUUUCUCCAAUUAUCUUAAAGAUUCAUAAAAAUAAAAUAGAGGAAAAUAAAUUGGAGGUUAUACAAUUUGACGAUUUUAACAAAUGUGUGGACACCUAUUUCAGCAAAAUGGAAUUGUCAAAGUAUGAUAAACAACAAGAAGUAAUUAAAGUUAAGAAAUCUCGUACAAAAAUGGAUAAAAUUAUAUUAGAUCAUGAAAAAAGAAUUGAACAAUUAGAGAAUGAAGUAAGCAUAUUAAAAAAAAAAAUUUCACUGAUUCAAAUGAAUGAUGAAUUAGUUGAUCAAGCCAUACAAUUAAUGCGCUCUGCCAUAAGUACAAAUGCUAAUUGGGAAAAAAUAUGGGAUCAUAUUAAACUUUUUAAAAAACAGAAUCAUUCUAUAGCAUUACGAAUUAAUUCUGUAAAUUUUAAUAAUUGCGAAAUAGAAUUACUCUUAGAUAGUUGUGAAGAAUUGACCGAUGAAGAAGACAAAAAAAUGAAUUCCUCUUCUAAUGAAAAUGAAAAGGAUACAACACCCAAAAAGAGAAAUGUAAAAAAUGGUUCCACUCCAGUUACUAUAAAUUUAAACAAUUCAGUGUAUGGAAAUAUUGAAGAUUAUCAAAAGUUAAGAAAAAAAGCUGAAGAAAAAAUUAGAAAAACGAAAACAUCUACCAAUUUAGCUGUUAAAAAAGUGGAAAAGAGAAAAAAAGAUAAAGAGAAUAAGCAAAAGGGAAAGAAUAACAAAGUAGUACGUCAAAUUCAAAAAUUAAGAAAAGUAUACUGGUUUGAAAAGUUCCAUUGGUUUAUGUCAUCAGAAAAUUAUUUAGUAAUUGCUGGCAGAGAUGCCUUACAGAAUGAAAUAUUAUUUAGGAGAUAUUUUCAAAAGAAUGAUGUUUAUGUUCACGCCGAUGUUCAUGGUGCAGCAACAUGCAUAAUUAAAAAUCCACAUAAAGAUAUACCCAUUCCAGAAAAGACACUUUCAGAAGCUGGACAAUUAGCUAUAUGUAGAAGCUCUGCAUGGAAUGACAAAGUUAUUACAUCAGCCUGGUGGGUGCAUUAUCAUCAAGUUAGUAAAUCUGCACCGACAGGGGAAUAUUUAAAAACGGGUUCCUUUGUAAUUAGAGGGAAAAAGAAUUAUUUGCCCCAUGUAAAGUUAGAAAUGGGACUGUGUAUAAUUUUUCAAGUGGAUAAUGAGGUGCCGAACGAUAAUGAAGAGAAUAAUUUGGACGAUACGCAGAGGGAGAUUGAAAAUGGGGGAAAAAAUGAAAGUAAUUAUAAUAACCAUGGAGAUGAAAAUAACAUGAGCAAAGUCAAGGAUCUUGAUAGUACAAAUGGAUCGAAUAACGAUUCUAGAAAAUGUAAAGACGUAGUGGUAGGUGCGAAAGGAGAAGAGGUUUGUGUGAAAAUAGAUAACUCGUAUACGAAUUUUAAACCAAACUGUUUUUUGAUUCGUCAUAAUGAGGGGAAAAAGGAGAAUAACAAGGACCCACUUGACAGUCAUAGCCUUAAUUCAGCAUUGGAAACAAGAUUCACAUUGAAGAAUUCCAAAGAGACGAAAAAUUGUGUUGCUUCAAAUGUAACUUUCGGAUGUCAUUUAAAAAUGUGUGAAAAUAAUAAACGUGAAAGGAAUAAAUUUGUCAAAUUCAUUUUACAUUACAUAAGUAGAAAAAAUUUGUUUGAAGAGAAUUUUAAGAAAAAGUACAAUCAUAUAUUUUCCAUUUUUGCAAAAUUUGGAAUCGUUUACAAUUAUGAAGAAACCAUUGUUAAAUUGCUAUGUGAAAAACUGACAUAUAAUUUGUGGUACAAUAAGGGAAAUUGUGGAACCAUUUUUAAAUUUCUUUUAUGCAUCAGAAAUAAGCAUACUUCUAAAUGUUGUAUAUGUAUGCCUUUUAAGAAGAAUUAUAAAAGGCUUAUAUUUCUUAUUUGUAAUUUUAGCAUAUAUUUCCUUUUAGAUUCUUAUUCAAAUAAGAAAAGUUACUCCUCUUUGGAAUAUCCUAAAUUAGCAAAAUGUUUCCCAAAUUUGCACAUAAUUUUUAGAAAAUUAAAAAAUGCCUUAAUCUAUCUUUUGGCACAUAAAAUAUUUCAAAAAAGCAAGAAUAACACUUAUUCCAGCAUAUCUUCAGAGGAUAUAUUAGAUGUAUUUUUUCCAUAUAAAAAUUAUAAUAUUUUUAAGAGCCCCAAGAAUUAUACAAUAAUGCACAACAAUGAGUUAAAACCGAAGAACUUUUUUUCUUCCUAUUGUAUGAAUGAAGUGAUACAUGAAGAAUUUGAUGAUAAAAUUUUGAACGAUUAUGUUUGUGAAAGUAUGAAAAAACCACGUCUCUUAGUUGAGUGCAAUAUAUAUGGUGCACCGCCCGUGGCUUUCAAAGAUGACGAUUCUGAUUAUUCUAAGUCAGAUAAGAAGGAUAAAACAGGAAGAGUUAAUUUCUCACCCUCUAGUAGUUAUAAUGAAAAGAGAGAAUGUAAAGAGGAGGAAGAGGAAGAGGAAAAGGAAGAAAAAAAAAAGCACGUUUCAUUCACAAGUCGUGAAGAAGCUUCCAAAUCUACAAGACCAACGAGGUCCCGUAAAGGAACGGGGUUUGUAAAAAUGGACCUAAGUAAACUACUUCAAGAAAUAGAAGAUGAAGAAGAAGAAGCAGAGAAGAAAUCAGAGGGGAAUGUCGAUAAAGAAGAAAGGUGCAAUAAUCAAUGUGAAUUCACCAAAGUUACGUUUAACGAAGCAAAGGGGAAAAAUGUUGAGGGGAAAAACGUAACUUUCACAUCAGAAGACGAAUCUGUUGAUGUUGUAAAACAAGAAUCGUUUAAUGCUCCAAGACCUGUGAGGUCACGUAAACCCACUGGUUUUGUCAAAAUGGAUAUUUCCAAAUUUAUUGAGGAGAUAGGAAGUGAGGAAAAUGCCAAAGAACCCAUAGAAUCUCCAGAAACUAACAAGACGAAUGGACAGAUCGAAAUGAACCAUGUGAAUGGAUUGAAUGAAGAUAAGAAGGAAAAUUCAAGUACCACGUUUAAUGAAAAUCCACAUAAGAAUAUUAUGAGAAAAAAGAGUGUGUCAUUUAGUUCAGAAGAUGAACAUAUCUAUGUUGAAAGACAGGAAUCACUGAAUGCUCCAAGACCAGUUAGGUCGCGUAAACCCACUGGAUUUGUCAAAAUGGAUAUUACAAAAUUACUUGAGGAGAUAGAAAAUGAAGAGAAGUUGGAAGAAUGUGGAGAGACGAAUCAAGUGCAUGAGAACAGUGAAAUGAAUCAUGUAAAUGGAUUACAACAUUUGAAUGAAGUGGAGGAAUAUAAGGAGCUAUCAAAAGUGAGGUUUAGAGAAAAUGUAGAUAAUGAUGAUGUAAAAGAAAGGAACAUAACACUUAGUUCUGAAGAUAUGUAUGGAGAAAAGAAAGAAUCCUCGAGUUUGUCAAGACCAACAAGGUCUAGAAAACCUACAGGUUAUGUCAAAAUGGAUGUUAGCAAAUUGCUUGAAGAGAUAGAAAAUGAAGAGAAGUCUGAAGAAGUGAAACAUGAUAAGAAAAAAGAUUCAACAAUAAUAUCUGCUGAUAAUUAUUCACCUAGUGAUGAUAGCAAGAAAAAAAGUGUUACCUUUACAUCUCAAAAUGGAAAAUAUGUUCUUCCGAAGGAACCAGGAUCCCCGAGCUUUUUGAGACCAAUUAGAUCACGAAAAGCAACAGGUUUUGUUAAAAUGGACAUGAGCAAAUUGCUUGAAGAUAUAGAAGCCCAAGAGGUAGAGGAAGAUAAUAAUGGCGUACCAAAAAAAAAAGACGCAAGAGAGGCAUCAGAAAAUUCGGAAGAUGAUGACGGUACAAACCAUCAGGAAAGUGGCAAAAAUGGCCAAGAUGAGGCACAUGAGUCGGAUGAGUCGGAUGAGGCAGACGAGACAGAUGAGGCAGACGAGACAGAUGAGGCAGACGAGACAGAUGCGGCAGACGAGACAGACGAGACAGACGAGACAGAUGAGAACGCAGAAACGAGUGAAGAUGAAAAUUCGAACCAUUUUAGAAAGGACCACGGAAGUGAUGAUUAUCAUGAUGGAAAUAAUCAAUCUGCAAAAGAUAAGAAUGGAAAGAAGGGAAAUAGUGAAAAAAAGGGGGGUUAUGAAAAAGAAAAAAAUGAGAAGAAUGGAGAUGAGACAAAUAGAGAGAAACCAUAUGGAAAUAAUUCAAAUAAACAAAUUGAUAACAAGGUUACAAAAAAUAAAGUAAAAGGGGGAAAUGCUUCUUUUACCAAUUGUGUUGCAAUAGACCAAAAAAAGGAUAAGGUAAUAUAUCUUGAAAAAAAAAUAGCAAAAGAAAACAUUUGUGUUCAUUUACUAAGAGGAGCAAGGACAAAGAAAAAGCGAAUGAAAAAAAAAUAUAAGGAACAGGAUGGCGACGAAGAGGAAAGACAAUUGCAUAUGAAAAUAAUUGGAGCUCGGAAGAUGAAACACGAGACAGCAAAAACAAAAAUAGAAAAAUUGGAGAAUCAUGUAAGAGAACAGGAGAAAAAAUAUAGAAGCCCUAAAGAAGUCACAGUAAAUUAUGAAGAAAUAAAUGAGGAUGAAAUGAAGAUAAAAUUAAGCGAAUUAAAAAAGUUGGUAUGUACACCCAAAGAAGGGGAUAAUUUAUUAUAUGCAAUUCCGAUGUGUGCACCUUACUCGGCUAUUCAAAAUCAAAAAUAUAGGGUGAAACUAGUUCCUGGAAACGCCAAAAAGGGGAAAGUUGCCGAAUCAUGCAUUUCACAUUUCCUGAAAAUUUCAACCGAUGAAAAAGAAAAGGAACUCAUUAAAAAUAUAUCGGUGGAUGAACUCGGAAAUUGUAUCAUUACAAAUUCGACACCAGACUUAAAAGAGUUGAAACCAAUAUCCAAAUAUAAUAUGAUACAAAAGGGGAAAAAAAGCCAAAAGACAAAAUGA